GAAUACGCGUCCUCCACGGAACUAUUCAGCUUCUCGAAGAAGAUGUCGACUUUUUCUUCUACUUUACCGACGUUUACCACUUAUAAAUAAUACUAAUGCAUUGCUAUGAUUCAUAAUACGUAGUUUUUCAGCUUCCUUCGCUCAGUAACUGGGGCCAACAUGGUGAGCUUGGCAGAGAUGGUGAUGAAAUACAGAGGGACAAUUGUUUUGUUUGUGGUGAUAAGUGGGGCUUGGAGUAGCGGUUGUUGUAAUGGGCAGUCUAUAGAUGUGGAUGAUCUCCCAGAGCCUGUGGAUGGACUGUCAUGGACAUUUUACAACACCACUUGCCCUAAUCUGGAAUCCAUUGUCCAAUCCACUCUCGACACGUUUUUGGAUGAUGAUAUCACACAGGCUGCCGGGUUGCUACGUCUUCAUUUCCACGACUGCUUUGUUCAGGGGUGCGAUGCGUCAGUGCUGCUGAAUAUAACAGACAGCUCAAGCGAGAGGCAGGCUGUUCCAAAUCUGACCCUUAGAGCUAUGGCGUUCAUAAUCAUUGAUGAAAUAAAAGCGGCGGUGGAGGCCAACUGCAGCGGCGUUGUAUCUUGUGCCGAUAUUUUGACACUGGCUGCUCGUGACUCCAUAGUCAAGAGUGGAGGACCCGAAUAUCCAGUACCUCUGGGGCGCAGAGACAGCACAACCUUUGCCGAUAAUACUACGGUGCUUGCAAAUUUACCAUCUCCUCUAUCAGACGUAGAUACGCUGGUGGCUGCUUUCAGUGGGAAAGGAUUAAAUAUGACAGAUCUGGUGGCUCUAUCAGGCGGGCACACAAUCGGCCUAGGCCACUGUACUUCCUUCGAGAACAGAUUGUACAACACAAGCACAGGAGUUCGAGAAGAGGACCCUACUCUUGACCAGAGUUUUGCAAACAGUCUUUAUUUAGUGUGCCCCGCCCUCAAUGUCACAAAUACCACCAACUUGGAUGUCCAAACACCAGAUGAUUUUGACAGUGACUACUACAUUAAUAUUCAGAACAAUCAGAGCCUCUUCACCUCUGACCAAACUCUGUAUGGGAAUUCCACUACCCAAGGCAUGGUGGACAGCUUUGCUUCCAACCAGACACUCUUCUUCCAAAAUUUAAUCCUCGGAAUGCUUAAAAUGGGUCAAAUUGAUGUCUUGACGGGCACCGAGGGAGAAAUUCGUAGCAACUGCUCCGUUGCAAAUUCAGCUUCUGCAAUCUUCGACAAAGGUAUACGCUCAAUGGUCGACCCAGCAGAGCAAUCGCCUUCUUCGUUUCAUUCUGAGUAAAUAUGGAACUUUUCUUAAAUAAGCUGCACUUGUGUUUCUCAAGCCAGGUCAUAUGGGAUAUGCCAAGAAUAAGAUAUGGAUGUAUGGUUAUUACAUAUUGCAUAAUGUUUUAAAUUCCUGAA